CAUCUACCCCUUCUUUUCCUCCAAAUUACACAACUUGCCACUAUCUUUCUUCUUCUUCUUCUUCUGGUUUGUUCUGUUCCGUUCUAACACUCUGUCACAUUCACCAUGGCUUCUCUUCAAUUCCGUUACAUUCUCUCUCCUCUCUCACUCAACCUUCCGGUUCCUCGCUCCACCACCUCCUUAUUUUCUCGCCCUUUCCCGCCUCAUUUUCCCGGAAAGUUUCGUGUUUUCUCUUUCACAGGAUUCGAUGGGAUGAAGCACAGAAGAAGAAGAAGAAAACAAGUUUUCUCAAUCUGCUGCUCCUCCUCGAAAACCGAUUCCGAGGUUGAGAGAAUUUCUAUUCAGGAAGAUGAUGAACGGCCUCCGUUUGAUAUCAAUCUUGCUGUUAUUCUAGCUGGCUUCGCCUUUGAGGCUUACUCAACUCCCCCUGAAAACGUGGGCAGGCAUGAAGUUGAUGCUGCUGGUUGCAAGACAGUUUAUCUUUCUGAGGAAUUUGUUCAUGAAAUUUAUGAUGGUCAACUCUUCAUAAAGUUGAAAAAAGGAUUCAAUUUCCCUGCCAUGGAUCCGUGGGGAACAAGUGAUCCAUAUGUGGUCAUACAGCUUGAUUCUCAGACUGCUAAAAGCAAUACCAAAUGGGGGACCAAAGAGCCAACAUGGAAUGAGGAGUUUACUUUUAAUAUUAAGCAGCCUCCAAGCAAACCUCUGCAGGUUGCCGCUUGGGAUGCGAACCUUGUAACUCCUCACAAACGCAUGGGGAAUGCAGGUGUUGACUUGGAAUGGCUUUGUGAUGGAGACUUGCAUGAAAUAUUGGUGGAGUUGGAAGGAAUGGGUGGUGGUGGAAAGGUUCAGUUAGAGGUUAAAUAUAAAACCUUUGAUGAAAUUGAUGAAGAGAAAAAGUGGUGGAAGAUACCUUUUGUUUCAGACUUUCUAAAGAUAAAUGGUAUUGAUUCUGCAUUCAGAAAGGUUAUUGGUUCUGAUACAGUCCAAGCCCGGCAAUUUGUGGAAUAUGCAUUUGGGCAGUUAAAGUCAUUUAAUAAUUUAAAACUUCAAAAGGGCCAGAUGUCUGAUAUCGAUAAUGAUAAGUAUGAUACUGAAGGUUAUGGGGAACUUAAUGAAUCUGCUUUUGUGCUAAAUAUGCCUUCUCACAAGGCUGGUAGUUCAGAAGCCUCUAAUGAAGCUUGCAGUGAGCAGAGAAACUUGAAGGAGUUUCACAAGGAUGAUAGUGAUACUGACAAUGGACCUGCUUCUGAACCAGUGACACAAGUUAGCGAGAAAGAGCUGUCAAAUCAACUUUUUUGGAGGAAUUUUGCUAAUGUUAUCAAUGAUAACAUUGUUCAGAAGCUAGGUCUCUCUGUGCCUGAGAAAUUAAAGUGGGACGGAUUGGACUUUCUAAACAAAAUUGGUUCACAAUCACAAAAUAAUGCAGAAGCUAUUUAUAUUCAAUCUGGUCUUGCAAUACCUGAUGGCACAGAUGAUACAGAUGAUAAAACAAGCGCCCUACCUGCCAUUGCUGCAAUUCAAUCUUCGAUUCCAGAGGUCAAAAAAGCAACGCAGAACUUGAUGAGGCAGACUGAUUCAAUUUUAGGAGGUUUAAUGCUUUUGACUGCAACAGUUUCCAAAAUGAAAAACGAAGGCCUUUCUUCUGAAGAGAAGAAAAUCAACGAAGAUUCUACCAAAGUAGGGGGCAGUGACAUACAAUAUUCUACUAUUCAGAAGUUUCCUAGCUCACAGAAUGGAUCAGUGUUGGAUGAUAAAAGAGCUGAAGAGAUGAGAGCACUUUUUUCGACUGCAGAAACUGCCAUAGAGGCUUGGGCAAUGCUAGCCACUUCACUGGGCCAUGCUAGUUUCAUUAAGUCUGAGUUUGAAAAAUUAUGUUUCCUAGAUAAUGCGUCCACAGACACACAGGUUGCAAUUUGGCGUGAUUCUGUGCGAAGAAGAAUAGUGGUUGCUUUUAGGGGAACAGAACAGUCUCGGUGGAAAGACUUAAGAACUGAUUUAAUGCUUGUCCCAGCCGGGUUGAAUCCUGAAAGGAUAGGUGGAGAUUUCAAGCAAGAGGUUCAAGUUCACAGUGGUUUUCUAAGUGCAUACGAUUCAGUAAGGACCAGGAUCAUUUCUCUAAUUCGACUUGCAAUUGGUUAUGUAGAUGAUCAUUCUGAAUCGCUCCACAAAUGGCAUGUUUAUGUGACUGGUCAUAGUUUGGGUGGUGCAUUGGCAACCUUGCUUGCUCUUGAACUUUCAUCCAAUCAGUUAGCUAAGCGGGGAGCAAUUUCUAUUACUAUGUAUAACUUUGGUUCUCCUAGGGUCGGUAACAAAAGAUUUGCAGAAAUUUACAAUAAGAAAGUUAUAGAUAGCUGGCGAGUUGUGAAUCACAGAGAUAUUAUACCUACAGUACCUCGGUUGAUGGGUUAUUGCCACGUAGCUCAGCCUGUAUUUCUUGCUGCCGGGGUUUUAGGAAAUGCCCUCGAAAACAAAGAUAUAUUGGGAGAUGGUUACCUAGGUGAUGUUCUUGGGGAAUCCACGCCAGAUGUUAUAGUCAGUGAAUUUAUGAAGGGUGAGAAGGAGCUUAUUGAGAAGUUGUUACAAACUGAAAUAAAUAUUUUCCGCUCAAUCAGAGAUGGGAGUGCUCUCAUGCAGCAUAUGGAGGAUUUCUAUUACAUCACAUUACUAGAGAAUGUAAGAUCAAAUUACCAAGGUGUCUCAAGGUCACAACUAGAUGAAAACGAUAGGUUCUAGUAAUGAGCCAACAAGGAUUCGUUGUUGGGAGGCCACUAGCGGAGUUCCAUGCACAACUAGAAGUGUGCUACAUACAGUUGUAGAAAGAUGUUGAGAAGAGCAAAAGAUCAUUUACAGCCCAAUCUUUACUGCGAGGAAAAUGGGAGCAAUGCAGUAUUUUCACUAUAGAUAGAUAACUAUGCAAAUGGAACUGAUAGGCAUGGUUGGCAGCAAGAGGACUCCAAGUGGCAAAAAUUUCUAACAAAAUUUAUAGUUUUACAAAUAUGAUAUUGUACUCAUUUGCGUUGUGCUGAUAGAAAUUGGUUGUUAUAGCAUGCAUAUAAUAAUAAAGAGAUAGAACUGGCUUGGAAAUGCAACGUGUCUAAUUCUAUGCAGAAUGCUGUUUGUUUUGUAAAUAUGCUUAC